GCCGUGUUCUUUCUCUUCAGUUGCUGCUGUCGGUAACGGUGUAACUUGUCUUCGGUCGUCCCGAUUCUGGGUUCAUCCGACACCGAAACCGCCUGUCGCCGCAGUAACCGCGAGGAUGCCUCCCAAAUUCGAUCCCAACGAGGUUAAAAUCGUGUACCUCAGAUGUACUGGGGGUGAAGUUGGUGCUACCUCGUCACUGGCUCCCAAGAUUGGCCCACUGGGUCUGUCUCCUAAGAAAGUAGGUGAUGAUAUUGCCAAGGCUACAGGUGAUUGGAAAGGACUCCGUAUCACUAUCAAGCUGACUAUCCAGAACCGACAGGCACAGAUUGAGGUUGUGCCAUCUGCUUCUGCCCUCAUCAUCAAAGCACUGAAGGAGCCUCCCCGAGAUAGGAAGAAGCAAAAGAACAUCAAACACAGUGGCAGCAUUACCUUUGACGAAGUAGUUGCUAUUGCUCGUCAAAUGAGGCACCGUUCUCUGGCCAGGGAACUUUCAGGAACUGUCAAGGAAAUUCUGGGAACUGCACAGUCCAUUGGCUGCAACAUUGAUGGCAAACACCCUCACAGUGUGAUUGAGGAUAUCAACCAGGGCAAGAUUGAAGUUCCUUCAGAAUAAAAUGGAGGUGCCAACUUUCCAAAUAAAGCAUUUUUAAAAGUG